CCAAUAAUCUUUGUGGUCAAUCCCAAAAAUUCAAUUCCCACUUCUGAUUUACACCCUUUUCGAUCCGUCGCUUCCAAUUUCUAAAUUCCUCUAUCUCAUACCCCAAAAGGGUAAAUUCUCUAUUCAUAUACAGAGUGGAGUGAAGAAGCAAAAAUUCUCUUUUCCUUUUCCAAGAACAACUUGGAAAAUUCAGCAUAAAUUCUAGAAUUCAGAUGCUCAAUCGCAUUCAAACGCCUUUGGGUUUUGUGAUUGAUCACUCUAUUUUGGAUAGUUUUCAUCUGGGCUGUGGGAUUGUCUGUUCUAAUCUUGUUUGACUGUCGAAAACGAGAAGAUAAUGAGGAAUUUCAAGGAUUUUUGCACGAAAAGCACUUUAAUCGGUCUUGGGUUGGGACAAUUUCUGUCUCUUCUUAUCACUUCUACUGGUUUUGCAUCCUCUGAACUCGCUAAAAGAGGAAUUAAUGCACCAACCUCACAGUCCUUUAUAAACUAUGUCCUCUUAGCAAUUGUCUACGGAAGUAUAGUACUCUACCGUAAGAAAGCACUCAAGGCAAAAUGGUACUUCUACAUACCACUAGGAUUGGUAGAUGUAGAAGCCAACUACCUUGUUGUGAAGGCCUAUCAGUACACAUCUCUAACAAGUGUCAUGCUGCUGGAUUGUUGGACAAUCCCUUGUGUCAUGCUGCUAGCCUGGCUUUUCCUGAAAACAAAAUACAGAUUCAGGAAGAUAGCUGGUGUUGUUGUUUGUGUUGCCGGCCUUGUCAUGGUCAUUUUUUCUGAUGUUCAUGCUGGUGACCGAGCUGGAGGAAGCAGCCCACUUAAAGGGGAUGCUCUUGUUAUAGCCGGUGCUACCCUUUAUGCGGUUACUAAUGUCAGCGAGGAAUUUCUGGUGAAGAAUGCUGACAGAGUGGAGCUGAUGGCGAUGUUGGGCAUCUUCGGUGCCAUCAUCAGCGCAAUCCAAAUAAGCAUAAUUGAGCGCAAUGAGUUGAAAUCCAUUCGAUGGACAGCCAAAGCGGCAAUCCCUUUUGCUGGAUUUUCUGUUGCUAUGUUUCUGUUCUACUCGCUUGUCCCAAUAUUGCUUCAGAUUAGUGGAUCCACAAUGUUGAACCUGUCUUUACUGACCUCAGACAUGUGGUCAAUUGUGAUUCGUGUUGCUGCUUAUAAUGAGAAGGUUGAUUGGCUUUACUACUUGGCCUUUGCUGCUGUUAUCAUUGGACUCAUUAUUUAUUCAAUGGGUGACAAAGAAGAAGAAGAUCAAUGUCGAGCUAAUGUCGGUGAUGAAGAAGCCGAGCAUGACAAACGUCCAUACAAGGAAUGCCCGUCAAGAAACCGGGUACAAGGAAUAUCAGCUAGCAGUUCUAAGAUCUAGGAGGGUAGAGAAAAUGAAAAUCUUGGGAAGAAAUAAGUAUUGGGCUUCCUAGGAUGAAUUAGGAAAGAAGUAUCUUAUUCUUGUCUAAUCCCCAUUUAGAGUUUACUUAUUUUUUGUUGGCAUUUUGAAGGGGUUGUCAUUGCUUAACAUCUCAUUGCUUAUUGCCAACAAUAAAGCUAAAGUAAUAAUUGUUUAAA